UGUCAAAAUACAUAGCGGCGGAGAUUGUUUGGAAAUUAUAUUUUUAUUAUUGUCAUAAACCAACCACAGAAAUUAUUAAUUAAGUUUCACGUGUCCCAAUUAUGCACAUAUUUGGUGAUAAUGGGUGACGAAACCAACGAAGAACGUCAAGACAACGAGCUAGCAGCUUUGGAGGCUAUCUAUGGAGAUGCAGUGAAAGACAAUAGAGAGAAUAUAGCAUGGAAGGUGUGGCGGCCACUGGAUAUACUGUUGACUUUGAACCCCCUACAUAACAGUGAUAUACAGGGUGUGCACUGUUCCAUCACACUGCAUUUUAGAUGCUGCCCAAGUUAUCCUGAUAAACCACCAAAUUUGGCCAUCCACAAGAUGAAUGGCUUAUCAACAGAGAAUGGUGCAAGGCUUUUAUCAGACCUGGAGUCCCUUGCCAACCAACUGUGCGGAGAGGUCAUGAUAUUCCAACUGGCGCAGCAUGCUCAGCAAUUUCUCCAUGAUCACAACAAACCGACACUAUCAUUCUAUGAUGAAAUGUUAAAAGAGAAAAAUGAAAUGGAAAAACUUAAGCAACAUGACCUUCAAGCAAAAGAAGAAGAGGAGCGACAAAAGAUAAAAGAUGAGAUACAACGGCGGCAAAACAUUUUGAAAGGCGCGGGCAGGCAACGUACGCAUCGGUCAAGCAUCAGCCAGGAUCACGACAGUCUGGACGGACAGGGCGAUGCGCCUGAGUUGGUCUACUAUGCCGACGACAAAACGUCCCCUAUAAAGAAGAUAUCACGCAGUAGAACAGGCGAGGUUCCUUGUACCUGCAAUGUUAAGAGUGUGCAAGUGCUUCGCGUUACUCAAAGGAACAACAAGAAGGUUUACAUAGGAAGCUGUUUAGGUCACUCCUCGACGGGCGCAACAACAUACCUAGCAAUCGAUGACGACACAGGCGAGCGAUUUAUUGCCAAAAAAUGGCUUAUACCGCCCGUCUGUGACUUCCAAUCACGAAACAAACAAAUCACCUCCCUACAGCAAGAAUUCAAAUCGACCUAUCGACUCGUCCACCCCACCCUAGUACCGUACGUUGCCAUGGAAACCGCCAAAGAGGUCGUCAAACGCACGCCAAAACAAUGCAUUUACAUUUUCCGCCCUUUCAUUCUUGGUAUCUCUCUCAGAAAUUUGAAAAGGAAGUUUAACGGAUUCGGUGGUAAGCAUGAAGCUUUGAAAUUGCUAAGGAAUGUGGCGAAUGGCGUUUUGAACGCGUUAUCCGAGUUGCAUAGCACGGGGGUGUUCCAUAGGGAUAUAAGGGGGGAGAAUGUGUACUUGGAUGAUUGUGGAGGGGUGAAAUUGGUGGGCGUGGCGUUGGACUCGCGGUUGGCUGAGAUGUUGGACUGCGAUGAAUAUUGUGAUAGGCAGACGGCGGCGCAAGAUAUAUACGCCAGCGGGCAGCUGUUUCUCUCUAUAGUAAGUGAAGAACGAACAUGUCUAGACCUACCUGAGGAAUUGCCUGUUAUUGCUAAGGAUUUCUUAUCUAGAUGUUUAACGGAAGACGAACAUUCACAGUGGUCAGCUAAACAACUACUGAAUCACAUAUUCCUAGUAGACGUACCACCUAAACAGCCAAGUAAAAAGAUCAAAGAAGAUAGUGGGAGUGGGUCUGAGGAUGAAGAUGCAGUGAAUAAGAUUCAUCAACACGUUAAUCCGCCGACGAACGGCCAUUCACGGCUCAACGCGGAGUUCGAAGUACUCGCGUGGCUCGGGAAGGGAGCGUUCGGCGAUGUUUUGAAGGUAAAAAACAAACUCGACGGCGGUUUUUACGCGAUCAAACGUGUCGAGUUGAACCCAGAGAGCGUACAGUUAAACAAGAAAAUAACGCGCGAAGUUAAACUAUUGUCCCGUUUGAACCACGAGAACGUCGUGCGAUAUUACAACGCGUGGAUAGAAUCGAGCACGGAAGCUACAACUGAGGAGAGCGUAGUGGCCAAAAGUCCGACGAAAAGGCCGGGCGAGAGCCUCGCGUGCGUAGUGGCCAAGCUGGGGCAAGAGGUCAAGGUAGAGUGGUCGAUGUCGGAAGGCCCAGUGCAGAAGACUAACACGUCGUCUGACAGCGAAGAAGACGAUGAUGAUGAUGAACCGGAUCCUUGGUUUAAUAUUAUGAGCCCGGAAGACGAAUCAAGCGAAUGCAUACAAUUCGAAAAGAACUCGAACGAAUCUCACACGAUACCCUCAGAGGAUGUCAUAGACGCUCCCCUACCACAAUCAGAAAAGUUGAAACAAGUACUCUACAUCCAGAUGGAGUUCUGUGAGAAACACACUUUACGCCACGCCAUAGACAACGGGCUGUAUCAAGAGCAUUUCAGGGCGUGGCGACUGUUCAGAGAGAUUGUGGAAGGGUUGGCCCAUGUCCACCAACGAGGCAUGAUCCAUAGAGAUUUGAAGCCUGUGAACAUUUUCUUGGACUCUAACGACCAUGUCAAGAUUGGUGAUUUUGGCUUGGCAACGAAGGCGUUUAGCGGGCUGCUGUUGGAUGAUAAAACGAAGAAUCAAGAAGAAGUCGGCGGAUCUCUGACUGGUCAGGUAGGCACAGCGCUAUACGUAGCGCCUGAGUUACUUCAGCGAACGUCCAAAGUGAUAUACAAUCAGAAGGUGGACAUAUAUUCGCUGGGAAUCAUUUUGUUUGAGAUGUUCCACCCGCCGUUGGAGACGGGCAUGGAAAGGAUGAUGAUACUCACAAACUUAAGGACUAAGGAUAUAACGGUGCCGAGGGAGUUUGAGGUCGAAGAUAAUGCUAAGCAAAUACAUGUUAUUAGAUGGCUACUAAACCACGAAGCUAGUUUGCGACCGACCUGCGCAGAGCUUCUAUCGAGCGAGCAUGUACCUCGCCCGGUGCCAGAAGGCGCGUUGUCCGGGCUUCUGAGUCACGCACUCAGCGACCGCGGGGCGAGGGGCUACCAGAGGCUGGUCGCAGCUUGCCUAGACCAAAGGCUAUCACCAGCUGAGGAUUAUACUUACCAUAACGGCAUGAAGGUCAAGCCUGGAGAGACCCUGGCCGCUGUUAAGGAUGCUGUUAUAAAGGUUUUCCGGAGUCACGGCGCGAGUGAGUUCUCCCCGCCGCUGCUGAUGCCUCGCGCGAAGGCGUGGGACCAGCACCCGAACGCGGUGAAGAUCAUGACUGCCUCGGGAUACGUGUGCCACCUGCCUCACGACUUGCGGUUGCCUUUUGCCAGGCAUACGGCAUAUUCCGGCAUAAAGAGCAUGCGUCGUUACGUGGUGGACAGAGUGUAUAGAGAGAAACACGUGCAAGGGUUCCAUCCCCGAGAGAUGAUAGAGUGCGCCUUCGAUAUAGUCACGGCUAAGACAGACUAUUCAUACUCCCUGUGGCCUGACGCGGAGCUUCUAGUAGUAGCGAGUCGGGCGGCGACGGAGAGUUCGCUCAAAGUGUCGAUACAGCUGAACCACACGGAACUCGUACGCAUACUGCUGCAGUCGUGCGGAGUGCCGCUCGACAAACACGCUGAUAUAUACCCCGUGCUCGUGGAUGUUAGCUUUGGUCGCAUAACAAGCUUGCAAGUACAGACCCAUCUGACAUCACUCUGUAUAACGAAACGUGAUGUGUCCAACCUCCUUCGUCUCAUGGAGGCUGACGUGCCAGUGUACGAAGUGAGAGAACUUGUCACGCCAGUUGUCAAGCAAGCCAAGUGGAGCAAGACAGUGGCCCAGGCGAUACACGAGUUGGAGACUGUGUAUAGGAACGCUAAGGCACUUGGAUGUGAGUGUCCAAUGACGGUAGCGCCGUUCCUGGCGUACAACGCGACGCAGCACAGCGGCGUUUUCUGGCAGAUGGCGGUGGCGCGACACGCGGACCACAAGCCCAGCGCCAAGCACAGGGCCGGGGACCUCAUCGCUGCUGGGGGCAGCUGCGGGCCGACUGGCGAGCCGCGGCGACGGAGCGAGUCGCGGCUCGGGCGAUCGCGGCGCGUGCGGCGCGGGUCGCGGGGACUGCCGAGCGAGGGUUCGGGGAGGUGUCCGGAACCGUUCGAGGCGUUUACGGCGGCGUGCUACAAGUACAUUCGACUCGGCUUCGCGCCGAAUGUCGCUGGGCACGCUACAAUCUACCCUCUAGUUCAAACAUAG